AUGCGAUCGAAAUGGCGAUCGAAACAGCGAUCGACGACCACUCUCCUCAGGGCUUCUCCUCCGGCGUCUCCUCCGGCGUCUGUCGUGCUCUCCGUUAGAAGACCGCUCGAAACCACCAUGAACGACGACUGUGUCGGUGAGCUUCGUCUUCUCCGUCAGAAACCGAUCGCAACCCACCACCGCCGACGACUCUCUCGGUCCUCACCGCGUCUCCUCCGAAUUGAAGAUUCUCUCAGGUUUGUGGUGAACGCAGCGGUGGUGAAGACCCAUAUCAUUAAGGGACUUCUCGCACCCUUUGAGCUCUCGACAGAAGCUCCUCCUCCUGAAUCAUCGUCAAGCAACCAUCAACAAGAUAGUGCUCUUCCUGAACCCUGUCCACAGGGUCCUUAUGCGAGUUUUCCACCUGUUGUGGAGCUCUCUUCAACACAACCCCCUAUCUUCAGUACUGAAACCUCAAGCUUUUGCGAAGAAUCACCUAGAGGGUGCAAAGAAAGAAAGAAAUGGUCAGUGUCUGAUGAUCUCGUGCUCAUCAACGCAUGGCUAAAUACAAGUAAAGACCCUGUGGUCGGGAAUGAGCAGAAAGCAGGUGCUUUCUGGUCACGCAUUGCGGCUUACUAUGCAGCAAGUCCAAAGGUGGAAAGAGGUCAACAGAGAGAGGCCAUUCAGUGUAAGCAAAGGUGGCAGAAGAUGAACGAUCUUGUUUGCAAGUUCUGUGGCUCUUACGAGGCUGCAACAAGACAGAAAACAAGUGGUCAGAGCGAGAGUGAUGUGGUUAAAAUGGCACACCAGAUCUUUUACAACGAUCAUAAGAUUAAGUUUAAUCUUCACCAUGCUUGGGAGGAGCUGAAAAACGACCAGAAAUGGAUAUCCGUUGCGACUGCUAAGCUUGAUGGACGGCAAUCAUCAAGCGCUAAGAAGAGAAGGUUUGAGGACGUUGGGCAAGAGGCAAGCUCGCAAGCAACCACGAAUGGUGAUCACCCUGCCAAACGUCCUGUUGGUGUGAAGGCAACGAAAGGAGGAGGUGGUAAGAGACCUAUGGGUGAUCAACUAAGUGCCUCGGAAUUCCAAUGUGGUCUCUCAAAGAGAAAGACUUGGCGGCUAAAGAGAGAAAGAUGGGUCUGCUGGAGAUUCUCAUUGCAAAGAAAGAGCCCUUGUCUCAGUUUGAGGAAGCACUGA